CUAAUCAUAAUCUUGAGUUUUACGAGAUGGAGGAACUUGAGGGUUUCACAUCCUCUCAUUGAGGGUGGGGAAGUUUUACCUCAUCCUGUAAUCGUCGAAGAGAAUGGGAGUGAUCUUCCACCUAGUGGGAGUACACCACCAGUACCUCAAGAUUCUCAGGUUCGUAGGACUGGUCGCAAUAUUAUCCCUCGUCAUCAUUUUGAGAUUGAGGGGAGAUUGGAUCUUGAUGAGACAACUUCAUAUUGGUAA